AUGAGCGAACAACAUCAUCAAAAGGCCCCGAACCACAGCCGACCUCUACUAUACGUCCCCAACACAUUAUGGACGCGAUUAUUUGCAACAACGGUGGUCAUUGAGACGGUCCUCACAGUCGGAAUUGAAAGUUGGAUUCUUAUGAGCCUGUGGGACGACCUCGACAACGAUAGCAACGCAAACGGAAAAAUGCGCCUUCAGUCAUUCCUAGGCCUAUACAUUUUCGCUCUUCUAUACGAACUGGCUCUGUCAUAUGACGCACUGCGCCGGAGGAACACAAUUCAGCUGGUUGGGCUCUGCAUCUGCAAUCAGGGCCUGUUCACAUUUGGCCUGCUCCAGAUGCGAGAGAUCAAGGAUACAAUCUCCAGCUUGACCAAUAAAGAGCUCGGCGACCGUCUGCAGGAAUUGUAUAAGAUUGAGCUCAUUCUUGUCCCAGUGUUUUUGGGUGUCGGGACUAUGUGCAUGAGCUUUUUUACGUGGAAAUUGCGCGGGGAGUUUUCAUGGUCUAUAUACAAGAAUAUCAGUGCGGAUUUGCAGAUGAAGCGUCGAUAUUUUGUAUAUCAGGUGUAUAUCGCUCUCCUAAAAUUCGAUUUCUUCUUCGUAUUUGGAAGUCAACUCCAGAUUCUCCUUGUUGUCUCUCAAGCCCAAGACUUCGAUUUCAUCGUCAAUGCCUCUGUCAUCCCAGUCACCAUAAUGACCUUGGUCCUGUCAGCUCAAUUUUGCAAGCGCGAGAAGACGAAAUCUCUCUUACUCAUGAUGUUCUUCAUGCUUCUUAUAAUUGGAUUCCUUGUCCUUAUCAUCCUUCGGAUUCACAGCCCCUCGGAUAACACUGAUUUCAGCUCUUUCCGGGUGUCCCUGACAUUAUUCGCAGGUGUAUCAGCGCUGCUGAUGAUUAUCACGGUCGUCAGCUCCGUGAUGUGUAUCCUUAACUUCAAUAAAGGAUUAAAGGCUCAUGUCUACCACCCUAAGAAGCGGAAAUCGUCUGUCUCGCUGGAACUCCAAUCCCAAGAAACACCUACGCGGUUCCUGUUGAACUAG